AGCAGCAUUUGGAAUGAUUUUAAGCGUGCCAGAGAAAGAUACUACAGACCUGAUUCUGCUUUCAAAGUGACUUUUUCUGGAGAACCAGCUAUUGAUACUGGUGGGCCAAAAAGAGAGUUUUUUGCUGAGAUGUUAGAGUAUGUAAAGACAAGGCUAUUCGAGAAUGGCUUGCCAUCAACAUCCACUAUGAGUCUGAUUAAGGAAGAUUUUAAGCUCGCAGGAGAAAUAAUGGCAAUGUCUAUACUGCAAGAUGGACAGGCACCAAACUUCCUUUCCCCAACUACCUACAAAUAUCUAACUGGUGAUCUACUAAACAUAACUGAUAUUAAAUCAUCAAAACAUCAGGCACUUUGUGAAAAUGUAAGUUUGUCUAAAGCUUUUUCUGGUUUUAACUGUAGCACAGUUAAGUUUGUUCAUCUUGACAGCAUUUUUUUAUGUAAGCUGAUGGCAGGUGAUAAAGACCUUAGCAAAGUCCUGGAGGAUGAUGAUGCAAAUGAAGUCCUUGAAGAGAUUGGAUACGUAGGUGUAGCAUCAAGAGAAAAUGUAGUAUCAGUUCAGAACAUUAUAAGGUCAAUUUAUGUCCAGCAGCAGGUUGGUGGUAUCCUGCCACAACUAGUGCAAUUAAAGGAAGGUUUGUCAACCUGUAAACUCAUUGACCACAUCAAACUUCAUCCAAAAUUGUGGGAAUCAGUAUUUUUGCAUGGCAUCGAGAGUGAUGUUUCUGCAAGCAUGCUUUUGGAACAGUUGGAGCCAAAUUAUAAUGAAAGGCAAUUGAAAAGGAACAUUGAGACUGAUGUUUUCUUUCAUUUCUGUGAAUUUGUCCAUUCUCUCCAAUGUGGUGCUUUUGCAGACUUAAGUGUAGCUAAAUUGUUACAGUGGAUUACUGGUUCAUCUUCAAUUCCCCCACUUGGAUUUCCAAAAAAGAUCAGAUGUGGCUUUCUACAUGGAUGUUUUCCAGAAUGUGCCUGUCGACCUAUAACAUCAACCUGUGAUUUGAUAAUAACAUUGCCUGUUUAUGCAAACAAUGAAGAGAAAAUGAACAUGGCAAUGGUCUCUGCCCUUACAGAAAGCAAAGGAUUUGAUCGUAUUUAAAUCCUUAAGAUGUUUGGUAUGGACAGUUAGUGACUGAACAGUAUAAAAACUUUCACAUUUUCAUGUAAUUUUUGUUAAUUAUGGCACAUAAAGCAUCACCAUUUAUGUCCAUGUUUUCACCUCAAUUUUUGCUACUAUAAAUAAUACUUGUGCAAAUUCAAUAAAAAUUGAUAAUUGAAGAUUUUACAUGCUACAAACACUCUGCUACAAGCAGUUUUGCAUUCAACAGUAUGGCUGUGUUUUUUCAAAACAAGUUAAUGCAUUUUAGAUAAUACCGUGGAAAUACUAUCCACAAAUGAGUAAAUAAGGAUUUAUCUAAAGACGUUUUUAAAUUACAGAUUACUUGAUUCAUAAAACAAUUCUAUAGUUAGGGAUGGGGAAGGGUGUUUAUGGUUUUGGUGAUGGAGGGUUUAUGGUUUUCAUGGAGGGUGACACUAUGAAAAGGGAAGGGUGGUUUCUAGCUUUGGUGAUGUAACUAUGAUAAAAGCGACCUAUUGCAGACCUUUCUUAGAUCUUUAUUUACAAAAGCUGAAACUUAUGAUGUUAAUUACUAAAUGGAAGGUUUGAUACAUAGGCUCAUCUCUGGCAGAAUAUGAAGGAUCAGGAAAAACUUUCUUUGAAAUCUCCACCAAAACUGCUUUUUGGACACUUCGAGACAGCUACUGUCAAGAUUCUAUCAUAAUUUUUGUUGUUCAUACCUACUUUGCUUUUGUGCUAAAACUGUUACAGUAACAAAAUUGUAAACAAUAUAAGACUUUUUAAAAGACACAUGAUAUUACCCACAAGUUGCAAAUCAAAAUUGUCAUAGUAAAUAAAGUCAGAAAGACCAAUGGAAAACAAUGAGCUAAGUCAUAAUGCAUAUUUCUUUCCUUGAAUUUUUACAGUCAGGAGUUAAAGUUUGCUGAUUUAUUAUCAUGUUGAGUGAGUAUUUCUAAGGCUGGGUGAAAAAGUUUUCAUGAGAGCCAAUAACAGAAGUUUAAAUUCCUGGCAUUAUUGGGCAUUUAGACCUGAUGUAUGUUUAGAGGCUUGUAUGUUGGCCAUCUUUCUGUAUCAGUUAUUCUUCACGUACAGCCACUUUUUUACGUCAGGCAGUUAGUGGUAAUGUUUUCCAACCUUCAAGGAAUACAUUUUUGUAUGGGCUCAGGUCGACUAGAUAUCUUGGUGUUAAACUCUGGAAUGAUAUUCCAACAUACAUUAAAAUUUCAGCAUCCUUAAAUGUUUUCAAAUCAAAACUGAAAGAAUUUCUCAUAAAUGGUUAUAUUCUACAUCAAUAUUGAGGUAAUCCCUAAGGAUCUGCUCAGUCUCUAAGUCCUUGUUUAUUCCAAUGUUUUGGGGAGGCUUUCUGGUUUCUCUUUUGAUUUAAAGAAAAAUUUCACUUUUUUAGUUUUAGAUGGGGGGCCCUCUCUCGGAUAGAGCUCCUCCUUAGACAAAUAUAUUUAAAUACAUAAUGUCUUGUAAUGU